CCGCGAUUCCCACCGCCGCCACCCCCACCCCCACCCCAACCCGCCACUGCCGACCACGUAUCCGCCACGCACCCUCUCCCCUUUCCUUCAUCCCGCAGAUCCACCAGUCUAGGCAUGGUCACCACUUCACCACCCACGCCGGCGGAUUCCGGCAAGUCCAUGCAGCGCCCAUGGGGCGGACCCCGCAACGGCGGCAAAAGCGACCGCGCCACCCCUUCCCCUUCCCCGCCGCCUUUGCCCGCCCCGCAAGCUUCCUCCUCCUCCCCUCUCACCCAAGCCACCACCUGUCUAGAUCUCCCCAAUCUCGCCCCCGCACAUCCAGAUCUUGAGGCGGCUUAGGUGAGGCAGCGCAACCCGCUCCGUCCCGGAACCCCGUGGACUGUGGUGGUGGCGGCGGCGCCCGACCGGCCGGCAGCGGGAUGGCAUACGUGGACCACGCCUUCUCCAUCACCAACGAGGACGAGGACGACCUGGUGGGCGACGCGGUGGGGGGACGACCCCGCGGCGCGCCGGUCAAGGAGAUCGCCUUCGCCGCCGUGCUCCUCGCGUUCGGCGCACUCGGCGUCGUCGCCGGCCUCGUCAUGGCCGCCCACUGUGUCUGCGGCGACCACUCCCACGCAAAUACCGAGCUGUAGUAGAACAACCUGGAGUUAGAGAACUUCAAGGACAAGAUCAACGAGGUGACCGGCGUUAUGGCGGCUGUGUAUGGCGGCGACCAGAAGUUCUCCGGAGCUCUAUGCAAAAGAAGCUCCAUGCAAAAGCAGAUUGAAAGGAGGUCCAUGUUGAAGAAGAUUGACAGGAGUGGUAGAGCUUGUAAUACUAUAUUACUGUGAUUGCCAUUGUAUUUCUGUUGUAUGAUGUAUCUGUGUUUACCUAAAAAAUGUAUCCGUGUUGUAAUACUGUUAUUGCCAUUCUAGUUAUUAUUUCAAACAUUGUUUUUUGUCGAUGCUGAUUUAAAUAUUGGUUACUUAUUUA